ACGUCCUUUAUCCAUAACUGGGUUUUAAAUGCCUUGGCUUGAAACCCUUUAUAUUUAUAGUUUUCCAGUCUGCGCAGGUCCGAUAUGUGCGAUACGAGUGUUGUUUAUUUAUAUCCGAUACACAUGGAAUCUGAUCUCGGGGAAUAAAAACAGGAAGACUAGACUCCUAUUUAUCUACGAUGUGAGGAAUAAAACAAAAUGAAGCAGAUCAAGUUUUCUUUCCUGUCAAUAUUUUCCGUCUUCAUUUUAAAUUCAGAGAUUCAUGUAGAAUCAACCUAUUACUGCGGUGGUGUGACUGAUCCCUGUACGGCAGCCGGGGAGCUUUUUGAGCCGUAUGCACGAACCCAGAACUGUCCGUAUGACGGGACACAAUCUCAUGUCCCAUGUGAUCGAUACAAGACGCCGGGAUGGUACAAGUCAGACGAACCUAUACUAGAUCAGUGUCCCACCCUCAGCAGCUGUGGAACUAUUUAUCCUGUCUGGUAUAAUGGAACCUUGCCACAAGUAGCUGAUGGUGUUGUUUCCAGGAAACUCUGUAAAACCGGAUUCUCUAGUUGCUGUGUUAAAGAGUACGAUGUUCAGAUCAAGAACUGCGGCACCCACCACGUGUACUGUCUACCAGCAUUAGACGCCUGUCCUGAAAGAUUCUGUUUCGGAACAAACGGAUCAUGUGAAUAUCCGACAACAACAUCUACGACAACAUCUACGACAACACCAACAACAACAUCAACAACAACAACAACAUCAACAACAACAACGACAACACAAAUAUCAACAGAGGAAAAUGAUCAACGCAAAAAAUAUAAGGAUUUAGAGAGAAGAUACACGGUGGUAAUAGUUGUAGUAAUUGUUCUCAUUUGUUGUCUUAUUGGUCUCGCCAGCACCAUCACGGUUAUAUAUAUUCGGAAAAGAAUGAGAGAAAGGGAAAUUAGUCAAAGCAGAGUGGAACUUGUACCGGAGGAGUACAGACAUGAUACAGUGCAGGGUGUAACAGGAGGAAGCAAUGGCGUGCCCCCUCAUCUGCAUUUCCAAAUAUGAUAGAAACACCAAAGAACUCAUUAUUUCCAAAUUUUGAUAUAUUUUUGUUAUCUAAAGAGAUUGAAGAAUUGCAGGGACCAUGUUCUUGUAUAUAUACUGUAAUAUUUAUAUAUAUAUAUAUAUAUAUAUAUAUAUAUAUGUUUUGUUAUAUCUACAGCUAUGAAAAAUGAACCGUUGAUUACUGCAAUUUAUAGUAAGCUGAUUUUAUUUAUAGAAGGAAACAUUUUUGUACAUAUAUAUUUAAUUAACCAUAUGCAGAUGCAGAUUCACCAUUUUUUACAUAGAUUUUAUCAUAUAUUUAUUGUUUUUCACAACAAGAUAGCUCAUUAUCUAAUUUCUGCACCUUGCUAUAACAACGGCUUUUUCAUAACACAUUACUCAUACUGGGACGAAAAAAAUACAUGUCACAACAUUAACUGCUUUACAUGUAGAAAGACGUCGCACAACCGUGUAAUUUACAAAAGUUAUUGAUAGACAAAUGUAGUACAUAAUUUUGUAAAAAUCUUUUCAUUGUAUGAUUUAGAAAUUAUAAAAAAAAAAUCCAUUAUAAGCAACAUUAUGACUAACUUAAGUUUCUUUACAGUUUGUAUUUUACAAGUAGUAGGACUGUAUUUAAGGAAAAACUGUCUAGUUAAUGUAGUAUGCCAUGGCAUCAACGAUAGUGGGAAACAUAAAUUAUCCAAUGUUUCCCACUAUCGUUGAUGUCCCUGGCAUACUUUACUAACUAGACAGUGAUUCCUUAUAUUUCCAUUUUAUUGUGAAAUAAAAUUGUAGAUUUUGACUUUAAAAUUGUAGACUGAUCGAUUUAAAUUACACGAGGACUCUCAUGCCAAUUUCAAUAGUCCUCGCCCACUGACGUCAAACACAAAGGCAACAGCACGAGAUUUACAUGCAUAUUUGGCCUCCUUAGCAUCAGACACAGAGACAGAAGCGCACAUGAUUUGCAUGCAUAUUGGGCCUCCUUAGCUCUUGACAUAUCGACCUCCUUAAUUUACAUUCCGGCAGAACUAUCAAAAAAUAAACUCCCCUAACUUUCAAAGAGUUAUCACAGAGAAAAAAAAUAGAAAUGGAAAUAUAACUUGAUAAAUGAGAUUGACCUAUUCAUUUUGUUUUAGAAUAAGUUGCAAAAACUUAAAAUAUUUUAUCUUUAUUGCAGUAGAAUAUAUAUUUUGUGCGUUAAUGUUCUUGGAUAAUUUAGCAUGUUCUAAGGCUCUCUGGUAAUCUGAUAAGAUAAUUCAAACUACUUACUGCAAAACAUUUUCUCUCUUUUGCUCUCUCGCUCUCUCUCUCUCUCUCUCUCUCUCUCUCUCUAACACACACACACACACACCCACACACACACCCUCACACACACACACACACACUCAUAAGGACAUGUAUAUAGGGCUCUUGAUCUAAAAAUAAAAUAUGUUAUGUUGAUGAGU